UUCACCAAAACAGCGACAGGCGCUCAGUGAUGUGCCGAAGAAAUACAGAGGAAGUCUUUACUUCUGUCAACGUUUUCUUUCGGAACUGUUAAAAACGCUAACCUUUUAAAAUAUGAUACAUAAUACAUUUAUUUUACAGCAGAGCUAUUAAGGAGUCAUUUGGUCUGGAUAAUUGACUAUGUAGUUCAUGAGCGGUUCACGUGACUAGGAAGUCAGAUGUUGUAGUUGUCAGAAAGGUAAACAAUAACCGUAAAAAGGAAAAAAGUACUUUAAGGUAAUUUUGAAACAGAUAUUUAUACAUCAUGCACAGAAGAGGAGUCGGAGCUGGUGCGAUCGCCAAAAAGAAACUCGCAGAGGCUAAGUACAAAGAGAGAGGUAACGUCCUGGCUGAAGAUCAAAUUGCACAAAUGUCAAAACAGCUGGAAACAUUUAAGACGCAUUUAGAGGAGUUUGCCAGCAAACAUAAACAAGAAAUCCGGAAAAGCUCUCAGUUCAGGGUGCAGUUUCAAGAGAUGUGUGCCACUAUAGGGGUCGAUCCACUUGCAUCUGGAAAAGGAUUUUGGUCUGAGAUGCUUGGAGUUGGAGAUUUCUACUAUGAGCUCGGUGUGCAGAUCAUUGAAGUCUGUUUAGCUCUGAAACACAGAAAUGGUGGGCUCAUCACACUGGAUGAACUUCAUCAGCGUGUCUUAAAAGGAAGAGGGAAGUUUGCACAAGAUGUGAGCCAAGAUGACCUAGUGCGGGCCAUCAAGAAACUCAAGGCUAUGGGAAACGGUUUUGGGAUGAUUCCUGUUGGAGGCUCUUACUUGGUUCAGUCAGUACCAGCAGAGCUCAAUAUGGAUCACACUGUUGUCCUUCAGCUAGCAGAGAAAAAGGGAUAUGUGACGGUGAGUGAGAUCAGAGAAAGCCUCAAAUGGGAGAAAGAGAGAACCUGUCAUGUGCUUGAUCACCUGUUGAAAGAAGGCUUAGCAUGGCUGGACUCCCAAGCAGCAGGCGAGCCACAAUACUGGCUGCCGGCUCUUUUCUCAGAGAUUGUAUCACGAGACGUUACGCCUGAAGAAGCCAACCAGAUGACACCUUGAGUAUAAGAUGGUAUUUUGUAAACACAUGCUAACGGUUGAGGGGAAUUGCAGAACCAGGGACGAAGAUCAUCAGACGCAUUGCUGAAUCUACACUGUCAGAAAUAUAGUAAAGGUACAAAAGUUGUCACUGGGGCAGUACCCUUUUAAAAAGGAUAAAAGGAUACUCUAGCCAAAUAUCAAAAUUACCCAAUGAUUUACUUACCCUCAAGCAAUCCGAGAUACAUAUAUCCAUCAUCUUUAAGCAAAUGUCUUUGCUCUUCGAAACUUUAUAAUGGUAGAAAACAGGGAUCAGGGAACAACAAAAAAGUGCAUUCAUCCUUCACAAAGAUAAUCUUCGGGUUAAUAAAGGUCUUCUGUGUGUAAUUAAUAUGAUUUUAUAAGAAAAAUAUCCAUAUUUCAAACUUUAAUACACUAUAAUAACUAGCUUUUGGUAAUGAUGCCAUCUUGGACUCAUGCGAUUCAUGCAAGUGUUUUAGCCUAGUGAGCGUUCGUUGCCAUCAGGUAAGAUGCUAUCGUUAUCGGAAGCUAGUUAUUAUAGUUUAUGAAGUUUAAAAUAUUUAAAAUGUAUAUUUUUCUUACAACAUCACAUCAAUUACCUGCAAAAGACCUUUAUUAACCCCUUGGAGCCAUAUGGAUUACUUACUAAAGAUGGAUGCACUUCUUUGGCCUUCAAAGUCAGAAGUUGUUCUCCGAUCCCCAUUUUCUACCUUAAUAAAGCUUGGAAAAGCAAGGACAUCUACUAAAAUAACUCCAAAUGUGUUUGUCUGAAAGAUGAUGGAUAUAUGUAUCUCAUUGCUUGAGGGUGAAUACAUCAUGGGGUCAUUUUGAUAUUGCUUUAACAGUGCAUAUUGGUAUGUAUUAUUAGUACAUAUCAGGACUUUUUAAAGGGUACUAUCCCAUUGACAGCUUUUGUAACUUUAUUUUUGAAAGUGUACAUUGUGAAAGCCAAGCUUGCUUUAGUAUGGAGAAUAAAACCACCUACAUUGUCAACAUAAUCCCUAUGUAUUUUGUAUGUUUGUUAUUUAAAGUUUUAUUUACCAAUGGAAUAAAUAAAAACAAGGAGAUUUCCAGUGGUUAA